AUGGAAACAAUAUUCACACUAAAUAUGGAGGAAGAAGAACAACAUCAUCAUCAAGAUACUUCACAGUUGUUACAAGACUGUUUGAAUAAAUUACAAUCACCAACAUCUAGAUCAACAACAACAGCAACAACAACACUGUCGAGUCUAAAUCAUCAUACUUUCAGUAAUAGAAAACAAAAUAAUCACCUUUAUAAUAACCAUCCAGAUAUCCAAUAUUUUCAAAAAAUUAAAACCAAGAAUCAUUUUAAUUAUCAUAAAUCAAAACAUCAAACUAAAUGGAAUAUAGAUAAAAUAUCAUCCACAUCUUCUUCAAUGAACAAUACCAAGAUGAAUGAUUUUGAUCCAUAUAAUUUAGAAUUAUUAUUAUUGAGAAUUAAAUCAUUUAAUUCAUUAAAUUGGAAAAGUAUAGAUCCAAGUAUAAAUGAAUUAAAAUGUUCAAUAAAUGGUUGGAAAUGUGUAUCAUUUGGAAUUAAGGAAUCUAAAAAUCAUUUAAUUUGUACAUUUUGUAAUCAACAAUUAAUUUUAAAAUAUCCUAAUUAUAAUUAUGGUGAUACUUUGAAUAGUAAUUUACAAGCUACUCCAUUUGAUUAUAAUGUAAUGAGUGGUGAUUUAUAUGAUGAUGAAUCAUUUAAUCAAAAAUUAAUUGAAUUAUAUUUGAAAAAAAUUGAAUCUGAUGGUCAUGAUGAAAAUUGUUUAUGGAGAAAUUUUGAAAUUUCAAUUAAUGAUAUUUAUUAUUUACGUCAUUAUUUAUCAAAUAAUGAUGAUUUUUUAAUUAUUCAAUAUUGUAAAAAUUUAAAAAAUUUAAUUGAUAAUUUAUUAAUAUUAGAAGAAUAUUCUAAUGAUUCAAUAAAUAAUCAAUUUUUAUAUCAUCAAGAACCUGGAGAAGAUUUAUAUAUAUCUAAUUUUAUUAAAAUUUCAAAUCAAUGGUUAUUAUCAAAAUAUUUCAAUGAAAAUAAAGAAAAUUUUAAUAAUGGAUUAAUUUCAUAUAAUAUUCCUUCAUGGAUUUAUAAACUUGCAAUUUAUGGAUGGUCAUUAAAUGUUCAAACUUAUGCUAAUGAUGUAAUAUUAUUAAUGAGUUGUAAUAUGUGUAAUGAAAGAAUAUUCCUAAACUCAACUAAAUCAUCAUCAACAUCAGCAUCAACAUCAUCAAUAACUAAUGCAAAUUUGAAUUUAUCAUCAUCAAAAAUAUUAACACCAGUAGCUUAUCCAAUGUUGAAUACAACAAAUGAAGAAGAUAUUUAUGAUUCUUGUGAACAUGAUUCAAAAUUUGAUCCUAAAUGUAAUCAUAAACCUUGGUGUAGUUAUUUACAUAAUGAUUUACCUAAAUAUUUCAUACAAAUGAUGUUGGAAUCUGAAAAACAUAUUGGUGUUAAUGGAGAAUUUAUUUAUGAUGCUAAUAAUAAUGAUUUAAUGAAUAUUGAUACUUCAUCAUUUAAUCCUAACCUGAAUAAUAAUGAUGAUCUAACCAAUUUAAGAAAAAGAAGAAAAAGUUUCACCGUUAAUGAAGGUUUAGAAAGAUUAUCUAAAUUACGUAAAUUAUAUUUAAUAGAUGAGUAG